UGAGGGAAACACACAACGCAGGGGAGGGGGAAAAAAAAUCACUAAAACAAUUGACAGUCUUGGUUUUAUGUUUUCCCAAGUGUCAACGAGAUGUCUACGAAGGCAGAGCAGUUUGCCUCUAAGAUACGAUACUUGCAAGAGUAUCACAACCGUGUGCAACACAAUAUUUACCCUGUGCCCUCCGGAACAGACAUUGCAAACACACUGAAAUACUUUUCCCAAACCCUGCUCAGCAUUCUGUCCCGCACAGGCAGGAAGGAGAACCAGGAAGCUUCCAAUUUGGCCGUGCCCAUGACCAUGUGUCUUUUUCCUGUGCCAUUCCCACUCACCCCAUCUCUAAGACCACAAGUCAGUUCCAUCAACCCUACAGUUACUCGCUCCCUCCUUUACAGCGUUCUGCGCGAUGCCCCGUCAGACCGCGGGGGGCAGGGGCAGCAGAGUCGGGACGCUCAGCUCUCAGAGUACCCCUCUCUGGACUAUCAGGGCCUCUAUGUGACCCUCGUGACCCUGCUUGACCUGGUGCCCCUGCUGCAGCAUGGUCAGCAUGAUCUGGGACAGUCCAUAUUUUACACAACAACAUGCCUCCUGCCCUUUCUCAGUGAUGAUAUUCUCAGCACUUUGCCCUAUACAAUGAUCUCCACUUUAGCCACAUUUCCCCCUUUCCUCCAUAAAGACAUCAUUGAGUACCUGAGCACCUCUUUCCUCCCCAUGGCUAUAUUGGGCUCCACUCGGAGGGAGGGGGGAGUCCCGGCCUAUGUCAAUCUGUCUGCCUCGUCUAUGCUCAUGAUUGCAAUGCAGUACACCUCAAAUCCAGUGUAUCACUGCCAGUUGUUAGAGUGUCUAAUGAAGCACAAACAGGAAGUGUGGAAGGACCUUCUUUAUGUAAUAUCCUAUGGCCCCUCCCAAGUAAAGCCUCCAGCUGUGCAGAUGCUGUUUCAUUACUGGCCCAACCUGAAGCCACCAGGAGCUAUCAGUGAAUACAGGGGGCUGCAGUACACCGCCUGGAAUCCUAUUCACUGUCAACAUAUCGAGUGCCAUAAUGCUAUCAACAAACCUGCUGUCAAGAUGUGUAUAGAUCCCACUCUUUCUGUUGCCCUGGGAGACAAGCCCCCUCCUCUUUAUAUAUGCGAGGAGUGCAGCCAGAGGAUAGCAGGAGAUCAUCCUGAAUGGCUGGUUGAUGUGCUCCUGCCCCAAGCAGAGAUAUCAGCCAUUUGUCAAAAGAAGAACUGUAGCUCUCACGUCAGGAGAGCUGUGGUCACCUGCUUCUCGGCCGGCUGCUGUGGGCGCCAUGGAAACCGGCCUGUCCGCUACUGCAAGCGUUGCCAUGUCAACCACCACAGCAGUGAGGUGGGGGCUGCGGCGGAGACCCAUCUGUACCAGACCUCGCCCCCUCCCAUCAACACCCGGGAGUGUGGAGCGGAGGAGCUGGUGUGCACUGUAGAAGCUGUUAUAAGCCUUCUCAAAGAAGCAGAAAUACACGCAGAACAGCGAGAAUUUGAGUUGAACAGGCGCCGUCAGAUGGGCCUCUCUGCCUCCCACCACUCUCUGGACAACAUUGAGUUUGACAACAAGGAGGACGACCAGCACGACCAGCGUCUCCUCAGCCAGUUUGGCAUCUGGUUCCUGGUGAGCCUGUGCACACCCAACGAGAACACACCCACAGAGAGCCUGGCUCGGCUGGUCAGCAUGGUGUUCCAGUGGUUCCACUCCACCGCAUACAUGAUGGACGACGAGGUUGGAAGCCUAGUGGAAAAGCUGAAGCCUCAAUUUGUCACCAAGUGGCUGAAGACAGUGUGUGAAGUGCGAUUUGACGUCAUGGUUAUGUGUCUUCUGCCCAAGCCUGUUGAGUUUGCACGGGUGGGAGGAUACUGGGACAAGUCGUGUAGCACAGUGACCCAGCUAAAGGAAGGCCUGAACAGGAUCCUCUGUCUGAUACCAUACAAUGUCAUCAGUCAGCCACUGUGGGAGUGUUUCAUGCCUGAGUGGUUGGAGGCCAUCCGCACCGAGGUGCCCGAUAAUCAACUAAAAGAGUUCCGGGAAGUUCUAAGUAAGAUGUUCGAUAUUGAGCUCUGCCCCCUUCCCUUCUCCAUGGAGGAAAUGUUCGGCUUCAUCAGCUGCAGGUUCUCGGGCUACCCAGCCUCUGUGCAGGAGCAGGCUCUGCUGUGGCUGCAUGUGCUGUCAGAGCUGGACAUUGUGGUGCCUCUUCAGCUGCUGAUUGGGAUGUUCUCUGAUGGAGUAAACUCUUUGAAGGAGCUGGCCAAUCAGAGGAAGGCACGUGCCUCUGAUCUGUCCGGCAACAUGGGGACUCGCAGGGUGAGUGUGGUGUCUGAUCCAGGUCGCCGCGGGCAGCACAACACCCUCAGUCCGUUCCCGAGCCCCUUCAGAAGCCCGUUCCGCAGCCCCCUGCGCUGUAGUCCCUUUAAAAACCUUGGUCAUGCUGCUGGACAUUGUGCUCUGGAUUUGGACUGUGAUGAUGAUGACAUGAACCUUGGCUGCUUCAUUCUCAUGUUUGACCUCGUCCUAAAGCAGAUGGAGCUCCAGGAUGAUGGUGUGAUGCUGGGUCUAGACAGCAGCCUUGGGAAGGAUAUCGUGGGCAUCAUCAACAACGUCUUCCAGGCUCCAUGGGGGGGCUCGCACACCUGCCAGAAGGAUGAGAAGGCCCUUGAGUGCUGCCUGUGCCAAUCCAGCAUCCUAUGCUACCAGCUGGGCUGUGAGCUCCUGGAGAGGCUCACCCCCCGGGAAGAGAUACGCCUCGUGGAACCUACAGAUUGUUUGGAGGAAACCUUGCUCUUAUCUCAGCAUGAUUUCUCCCUCGGCACUGAGAAUGGAAGUGAAGAGGGAGACAACCCAAGCAGCGCGCCCACUGACAACCCCAGCAACCAAUCUCCUGAUGAUGCAUCCAUGAAGAAUAACUCUGAUAAAAAGUUCUCCUACCAGCAACUCCCUGUGUCUUUGAAGCUCAUUUACACAAUUCUACAGGAAAUGUCCAAGUUUGAGGAGCCGGACAUCUUAUUCAACAUGCUAAACUGUCUGAAGAUCCUGUGUCUCCAUGGAGAGUGUUUGUAUCUCGCUCGCAAAGAUCACCCACAGUUUCUGGCCUAUAUCCAGGAAAAGAUGCUCAUUCCAAGUCUUUGGUCCAUGUUGAAGUCAGAGUUUUGUCAGCUGGCCUCUCUGGCUGUGCCUCAGCUUCUACACGCACUCUCUCUGUCACACGGGGCGGACAUCUUCUGGAACCUCAUCAACACAAACUUCAACAGUAAAGACUGGAAAAUACGAUUUGAAGCAGUGGAAAAGGUAGCCGUGCUGUGUCGGUUUUUGGACAUCGGUGCAGUGACGAAGAACCACCUGCUGAAGUAUUCUCUCGCCCACGCUUUCUGCUGCUUCCUGGCCUCUGUGGAGGACGUUAAUCCAGCCGUGGCCACCAGGGCCCGACUGCUGCUGGACACCAUCAAGAGGCCAGCCCUACAGGGGUUGUGCCUUUGCCUGGAUUUCCAGUUUGACACUGUAGUGAGGGAUCGUCCCAUCAUCCUCAGCAAACUUCUGCUGCUUCACUUCCUUAAGAAAGACAUUCCUGCCCUGAGCUGGGAGUUCUUUGUCAACCGCUUUGAAACGUUAUCUCUGGAGGCUCAGCUGCACCUCGACUGCAACAAGGAGUUCCCUUUCCCCACAACAAUCACAGCUGUACGAACCAACGUAGCAAACCUCAGUGAUGCUGCGAUGUGGAAGAUAAGAAGGGCCCGUUUUGCGAGGAAUCGGCAGAAGAGCGUGCGUUCCCUCCGUGACAGUGUGAAGGGAGCCCCGACUGAGUCUAAAAGAGCCUUUUCACUCCCAGAAUCACUGAGCAACCGACUUCCUUUGAGGCUUACAAGGCAAGAGCACUCUGCCCCGACACUGGGAGAUAUGAUAGAGAAAGUCCUGCCAGGCCAAACCCCAUCUCCCGAGGACGACGCGGUUAUUAGAGACCUUCUCCCCGAGGACGCCGGCAUUGACCAUCAAACUGUGCACCAGCUCAUCAUGGUGCUGAUGAAAUUCAUGGCCAAAGACAAGAGCAGCGCUGAGGCAGACAUCGGCAGCGCCAAAGCUUUCAACACAGUGAAGCGUCAUCUGUAUGUCCUGCUGGGAUACGACCAACAGGAGGGCUGCUUUAUGAUCGCCCCUCAGAAGAUGCGCACCUCCACCUGCUUUAACGGCUUCAUCGCUGGCAUUGCACAAGUAAUGGAUUACAAUAUAAGUCUGGGGAAGCAGCUGCUCCCUCUAGUGGUCCAGGUGUUGAAGUACUGCACCUGUCCUCAGCUGAGACAUUACUUCCAGCAGCCGCCUCGAUGCUCUCUUUGGGCGCUGAAGCCGCACAUCAGACAGAUGUGGCUCAAAGCUCUGCUGGUUAUCCUCUAUAAGUAUCCGUAUAGAGACAUGGAUGGCAGUAAAGUGGUUCUCCAUUUGAUCCACAUCACCAUCAACACUUUGAAUGCCCAGUAUCACAGCUGUCGUCCACACACUACAGCCGGACCACUGUACAGUGACAACUCCAACAUGAGCCGCUACAGCGAGAAAGAAAAAGAAGAGGACAGUGUAUUUGAUGAGUCAGAUGUCCAUGACACGCCAACUGGAGCUGCUAACAAAGAGUCUCAGACCUUCUUUGCCCGUCUGAAGAGGAUCGGGGGCAGCAAGUCUGUGAAGUAUCAGCCGGUGGAGCUGAAUGCCAAGAAAAGUGAAAUUGAGCUUUCAGAGUACCGUGAAGCCAGCGCUCUUCAGGACAGCAUCUUGCACUGUGUGAGGGAAGAGAGCACCAGAAAGAAGCGCCUGCAGGCCAUGCACAAGCAGAAAUCUCUGGACAUUUCAAACACGGACUCCAUCCUCUUUAAUCUGGACGAACAUCGACGUAAAUCCUGCAUCGAUCGCUGUGACCUGCAGGCGCCCCCUGUGAUCCUGCCCCCCUCUUCAGCCAUGUCCCACAGCAGGCGUCACGGCAAGGGAUCAUCUGGCGGCUCUUCUGUUUGGGUGGAGGGCCUCGAUGCUGUAGAUCGGCGAGGCUCUCGAGGCGGACAUUCGGACAUCUCCAAACCUGUCAUCCCAGAAGUCCGCCUCAGCUGCAUGGAAACAUUUGAGGACAAGUUGGACCAGGGCUCGCUGGGAGGAUCGGGUCAGGGAAAAGAAGAUCAGGACCUUAUCGAUCUCUCCUCCGACUGCACCUCCAUCCCGGAAAAACACUCUCUGCUCUCUAUGUCCGAUAGCGACUCUUUAGUAUUUGAACCGCUGCCUCCUCUGAGGAUCGUAGAGAGCGACGAGGAGUUUGACCUUAACACCCUCAUCGCCUCCAAAUUCAACGGGAGUCCAAAGGUCUCCGCUUCUCCUGCAAGCAGCAACACUUUGCGGCUGUCUCCUGUGGUUCAGGUGAGUGUCGAGGACUGUUCCAGUGGCAAAAAGACCCCUGAACUUCCCGGCUCUGAGGAAAAAAUGUCAAACCGUGUGACUCCCAGCACCUCUCUGGAUCUUCCCGACCGUUUGGAAAAUGUCUGUCAUGAAAGCCCCAUGACCCUGAAGCAGAAAAGAGACCUGCUGAGGAAGACCCCGCAUGUCCCUUACUCCUCUCUAGACGACGUGCCCAUUACCCUGGAGGAUAUAAAGACCGGGAUGGGACUUGGAACAUCUCCCUCUGGUAGAACCAUCUUUUUAGAUAUCCCAGAGGACAACACAGAGCCUCUCUCUUCACCGGAAAAAAGCAAGAGCGUCAGCAAUGAUGAAGAAGAAGAGGAUGGGGACGAUGAGGACGAUGACGACAUGGGGGAUGAAGUGGACAGUGAUCCAAAACCUGACAAUGAUGGAGGGGAGGAUAACGAUGAGGCAGAGUUUAAAAUCCAGAUUGUUCCUCGACAGCGGAAGCAGAGAAAGAUAGCUGUCAGUGCCAUCCAGAGGGAAUAUCUGGACAUCACGUUCAAUAUGUUCGACAAGCUGGGCGGAGAGCAGACCGCAGAGACAGAUCACAAAGUUCUGUCUACAUUGGAAAUGCCACGAGAAUCUGCCUCAGCCCCAACACUCGAAGCUGCUAUUCCUGAAACAAGCCACCGCUCUUCAGUGUCAACUCAGUACCGUCAGGUGAAGCGAGGCUCUCUGGGAGCUCUGACCAUGAGUCAGCUGAUGAAGAGACAGCUGGAGCAUCAGUCCAGUGCACCACAUAACAUCAGCACCUGGGACACAGGCCAGUCACUUUACACUUUGCUUCUUUUUAAUCCUGGAAUAUGCCCCCUGAGGUCUGCAGGUCCUACAAAGACCAGUCUGCUCUCUGCACCGAGCACAGUCAGUAUGUUCGUCCCUGCACCUGAAGAGUUCAUUGAUGAGCAGCCAACCACAAUGUCUGAUAGGUGUCGUGACUGUGCAGCAGUGUUGGAGGAAUACGACGAGGAGACUCUCAGCCUAGCGGUGGUCGUCCUCUCCAUGUUCAUCCACCUCAGCCCUGAUUUGGCCGCUCCAAUGCUCCUCGACAUCAUGCAGUCUGUGGGCAGGUUGGCAUCCAGUGCCAAUUUUUCUGGACAAGCUGAGAGUAUGUUGAUCCCUGGGAAUGUGGCAGGUGUAGCCAAGCAGUUCCUCCGCUGUGUGUUUCACCAGCUGGCCCCUAAUGGCAUCUUACCCCAACUCUUCCAGAGCAACAUCAAAGAUGGAAGUUUUCUGCGAACCCUCGCGUCCUCCCUGAUAGAUUUUAAUGAAUUGAGCUCAGUUGCUGCACUCAACAUGCUGCUGGAGGGCCUGAACAACAAGAAGAGUCUGCCAGCAGGGGGCACAAUGCUUCACUGCCUGGAAAACAUUGCCACAUUCAUGGAGGCUCUCCCCAUGGACUCUCCUAGUAACCUGUGGACGACAAUCUGCAACCAGUUCCAGACCUUCCUCACAAAGCUGCCGUCUGUGCUUCCUCUAAAGUGCCCCAUGGAUUCCAGCUUGAGGAUUAUCAUUUGUCUGCUGAAAAUCCCAACUACAAAUGCAACCCGGAGCCUUCUGGAGCCGUCCUCCAAGCUGCUCAGCUUUGUCAUCCAGUAUGGCAUGUUCAGUCUCUCCUACCUCGUAGAACUAUGUGGACUGUGUUACAAAGCCUUCAAUAAGGAGAGAGAUAAGUUCUACAUGUCCCGCAUUGUGGUGUUAGAGCUUCUGCAAGCUCUCAAGUUCAAGUCCCCUCUGCCUGACACAAACUUGUUACUGCUGGUCCAGUUUGUUUGUGCAGAUAUUGGUACACGUCUAGCAGAAUCCACCAUCAUCCAAAAGCACAUGAUCGCCACGCCGCCGGGGUGCACAACAGCAGCCAUGGAGUGCAUGAGACAAUACAUAAGUGAACUUCUGGACUUUAUUGCAGAUAUGCACACGCUAACCAAACUUAAAAGCCAUAUGAAAGCUUGCUGUCAGCCCCUGCAUGAGGACACUUUUGGGGGCAACCUGAAAGUGGGCUUGGCACAAGUCGCUGCCAUGGAGAUCAGCAAAGGCAAUCACCGCGAUAACAAAGCUGUGGUCCGUUAUCUUCCCUGGCUCUAUCACCCGCCAUCAACCAUGCAACAAGGGCCAAAAGAAUUCAUUGAGUGUGUGUCCCACAUCCGUCAGCUGUCUUGGCUGCUUUUGGGCUCGCUGACACAUUGUGCCCUGCACCAGGGCUCCACCUCCUGUAUGCCUAUCCCUCUAGAUGCUGGCUCCCACAUCGCAGAUCAUCUUAUAGUCAUUCUCAUCGGUUUCCCUGAGCAGUCAAAGACGUCGGUGCUGCACAUGUGCUCUUUGUUCCAUGCCUUCAUGUUCGCCCAGCUGUGGACCAUCUACUGUGAGCAGGCAGCUGCUGCUCCAUCCCUGCUUAACCAAAACCAGACUGAGUUUUCUUCCAGUGCCAUCCUUACUGGCCUGGAGUUCUGGAGUCGGGUUACACCCAGCAUCCUUCAGCUCAUGGCUCAUAAUAAAGUGAUGGUAGAGAUGGUGUGUCUUCACGUCAUUAGUUUGAUGGAAGCCCUGCAGGAGUGCAACUCAACCAUCUUUGUCAAGCUUAUUCCAAUGUGGUUACCCAUGAUUCAGUCAAACCUUAAGCAUCUGUCUGCAGGGUUGCAGUUGCGUCUCCAGGCCAUCCAGAACCGCGUGAACCACCAGUGUCUGCAGGGCCAGACUUCAGGUACCCCUCCGUUUGCUCUGCGCAAAUGGCUGCAAUGCACCCAGUUCAAGAUGGCUCAGGUGGAGAUCCAGUCAUCUGAGGCCGCCUCGCAGUUCUACCCCAUGUGACCUGCUCUGAGGGUCCAGUUGGGUCCUUAGACCUGCAUGCACCCUCUCUGUCUGACCAAAAAAAAGAGACUCUUAUUUAAUCUGAUACUGUGUGGAAUACAAUUUUCGGCACCUUUAGUAUAUUUAUGCUAACUCUGUCACAUUCAUAUUCUAUCACUUUUUAAGUUGCUUGGUUGCAAGCUGGAUAAUAAAAGUACCAGUUUUCCUAAA